AUGCGGCUCUCACUCGCUUGCCUGACAAAGGUAGGCCCGUUGUACCAAUUCUUGCUUGCAACAAGUAGACACGUGUGUGAUACUAAAACAUGUGGAAAUAUUUGCAGACAAGAUACUGGGAGAGUGCUUAGUCAUAGACCAAAAAAACAGGGAGGGUAUUUGGGAACGCAUUCUAUUGGCCGCCAGAAACUGAGAUAUUUUUGGUAGCAUUAGGAACUUGUAGUAGUUGAACGCCUGAUCUGUCUAAAUACUAUGGCAACUCAAACAAAGGUGAAAAAAUGAGCUAACUUUAGUAAGAUAUAAUAAUAUUGUAUUGUUAUCACGUCAACUGAUUUACUUUUCUCCCUUUUAGUAAGAUAUAAUAAUAUUGUAUUGUUAUCACGUCAACUGAUUUACUUUUCUCCCUUUUAGCCCAUUCUUCAUGGAUAUUUCAGGAGUUCAUGCUCUUGGAGGGUUCGAAUUGGUAAGUUCCUUUUGACUAUGUAGUCUUCUACAUCACUGCCUAUUUUACAGCAUUAGAAAAUUGUCUGACUUUGACCCUGGAAAGAAAUAACCUACUUUGCUUCUUCCAGCUUUUGCUCUGAAAGGUAUUGAAUUUGACCAAGUCCCAGUCAAUCUGAUCAAAGAUGGGGGUCAGCAGGUAACUUCCUCACACAUCAUGCUUUUUCAUCAGGUAGAGGUAAUUAACCUCAAUGGUAUAUCAGAUAUAAUGUCCUCACACUGUACCUAUUGUAUAUUUCAGCUUACAGACCAAUACAAGGCAUUAAACCCUAUGCAACAAGUGCCUGCUGUCCAAAUUGAUGGCAUCACCCUGUCACAGUCAGUGAGUCCAAUAAUGUUAUUGGUUUGUCACUGUUAACAGUUAUGUACUUUUGAGAUGCUGAUAAAAGUCAAAAGAUAACCUCUUAAAUCUAGCUCCAAAUUCCCUAAAUAUAACAUUGACUACUGACAGCAUUGAUAAGACCUAUCCACUCACACUCAGCUGGCAGUGAUCCAGUACAUUGAGGAGACCAGACCAGGACCCAGGCUUCUCCCUGCAGACCCAAAGAAGCGUGCCCAGGUGCGCAUGAUCUCUGACCUCAUCGCCUCCGGGAUCCAGCCUGUGCAGGUGAGUGAAUUACAGCACAAAGAAAGUGGGUAAACGAGAGAAAAGUAUACAACAAAUUGAAAGCACACCAGUCCACUGCAGAUCUCUGACCUAGUUUGCAAAACAAACUUGGUUUACUGUAUUGAAGGAAAGCAAAAUCAGAUGGCAGAACCUCAGACAUGCUGACAUCGUGGUUUAACAGCCAUUGCAACAAUGAUGAUGAUGAUGAUGAUGACUGUAGAGGUACUCAAUCAUGUCUGAUCAUCUUGUAUUUCAGAAUUUGUAUGUGCUACAGAAGAUAGGAGCAGAGAAGGUGCAGUGGGCGCAGCAUUUCAUCCAAAGAGGUUUUGAAGGUGGCUAGAAUAGCCUUACAUUCAACGUGCCACUAUAGCUCAUCUCCAGACAACCAUUACAGGCCUGACUCCAUGUCCCUGUGUGUUUCUCCUCAGCCCUGGAGCCCAUUCUGAAUGAGACGGCUAGCAAGUACUGCGUAGGGGACGAGGUGAGGAGACACUCGUUCAUCACAUAAAAACACAUUGGCAGUGUUAAGCUAAGUAUCUCAAGUUAGGUUUUUUUAUUGUCACGCGCACAAGUAGAGUGAAAUGACUUUCUUGCUUGCUCAUUCCCAACAAUGCAGUCAUCAAUAUCAGUAGUACAAAAAAAAUAAAAGUCAAGUAGAACAAAAACACACGAGAAAUAGAAAUAAGAACACAAGGUAAGCUAUUUACAGGGGCAAUUCCAGGGUUGGUGCCAAUACCAUAUUUACAAUGUGCAGGGGGGAUACUGGAGUGGUAGGGUUAGAUUUGUAUAGGGGUAAGGUGACUAGGCAUCAUAGAUAUGAUAAACAGAGUAGCAGCAGCAUACAGUGCCUUUAGAAACUAUUCAUACCCCUUGACUUAUUCCACAUUUUGUUGUUACAGCCUGAAUUCAAAAUGGAUUAAGUAGAUAUUUUUCUCACCCAUCUACACACAAUACCCAAUAAUGACAGUGAAAAUGUUUAUACAUUUUAGAAAAUGUACAGAAAUAUCAAAUUUACAUAAGUAUUCACACCCCUGAGUCAAUACAUGUUAGAAUCACCUUUGGCAGCGAUUACAGCUGUGAGUCUUUCUGGUUAAGUCUAAGAGCUUUGCGCACCUGGAUUGUACAAUAUUUGUACAUUAUUCUUUUAAAAAUUCUUCAAGCUCUGUAAAGUUGGUUCUUGAUCAUUGCUAGAUAGCCAUUUUCAAGUCUUGCCAUAGAUUUUCAAGCUGAUUUAAGUCAAAACUGUACCUAGGCCACUCAGGGACAUUCAAUGUUGUCUUGGUAAGCAACUCCAGUGUAGAUUUGGCCUGCUGAAAGGUGAAUUUGUCUCCUAGUGUCUGUUGGAAAGCAGACUGAACCAGGUUUUCCUCUAGGAUUUUGCCUGUGCUUAAUCUAUUCAGUUUUUUUAACCUAAAAAACUGCCUAGUCCUUGCCGAUGACAAGCAUACCCAUAACAUGAUGCAGCCACCACCAUGGUUGAAAAUAUGAAGAGUGGUGUGUUGUUGGAUUUGCCCCAAACAUAACACUUUGUAUUUAGGACAUAAAGUUCAUUUAUUUGCCUUUUUUUUUUUUUGCAGUUUUACUUUUAGUACCCUAUUUACACAGGAUGCAUGUUUUGGAAUAUGUUUAUUCUGUGCAGGCUUCCUUCUUUUCACUUAGUAUUGUGGAGUAACUAGAAUGUUGUUGAUCCAUCCUCAGUUCUCCCAUCACAGCCAUUAAACUCUGUAAAGGUUUUAAAGUCACCAUUGGCCUCAUGGUGAAAUCCCUGAGCGGUUUCCUUCCUCUCCAGCAACUGAGUUAGGAAAGACGCCUGUGUCUGUGUAGUGACUGUGUGUAUUGAUACACCAUCCAAAGUGUAAUUAAUAACUUCACUUUGCUCAAAGGGAUAUUUAUUAUCAGCAUUUUUUUUUACCCAUCUACCAAUAGGUGCCCUUCUUUGGUCUUUGUUGUUGAAAUUCACUGCUCGACUGAGGGACCUUAAGGAUAAUUGUAUGUGUGGGGUACUCAUUCAAAAAUCAUGUUAAAUACUAUUAUUGCACACAGAUUGAGUCCAUGCAACUUAUUAUGUGACUUGUUAAGAAAAUGUUUACUCCUGAACUUAUUUUGGCUUGCCAUAACAAAGGAGUUGAAAACUUACUGACUCUAGACAUUUCAUCUUAAUUAAUUUCUAAAAAUGUCUAAACAUAAUUCCACUUUGAUAUUAUGGGGUAUUGUGUGUAGGCCAGUGACACAAUCUCAAUUUAAUCAAUUUUAAAUUCAGACUAACAACAAAAUGUGGAAAAAGUCAAGGGGUGUGAAUACUUUCUGAAGGCACUGUAUAUGAUUGUAUGUGAAUGUGUGUAGAGUCAGUAUGAAUGUGUGACGUUGAUCUACAGUAGACCUCACUUCAAGUUGAGGAAUUCUUGAUUUAACUAAAUAAUGUUUACCUCUUAGAUCUCCAUGGCUGACAUCUGUCUUGUCCCUCAAGUCUAUAAUGCUGAACGGUAAGGCACCCUCCAUCAUUCAGUCAGAACUGUAACAGAAAAACACCACAGCACUGAUUUUACACUGAACAUACAACCCACAUGAAGAGAGACUUUUACAUUUUCCCAACAGGUUCAAAGUGGAUGUUGAUCAGUUCCCAACUAUCAAAAGACUAAACCAAACCUUACUGAAGGUAGAUGCUUUCAAAGUGAGUCAUCCAUCUUGCCAACCAGACACACCUGCUGACAUAUGUACAUGAUAACCCCUCUGAUAUCUAAAGGAGCCAGUAGUGCCACCAUCAUUGAAUACUUCAAUAAAAUGCUUUGAUAUUAAUCAUUUGGUUUCAAUCUCGUGACUUGAAAUAAG